ACUGUACGUCAAACUUCCUGUUAAAGUGAAAGUAGACCACGACUAGCAGACCAUCUACACUUGAUUAUUGUAUAGCAAAUUUGCUGCCUUGCUUGUUGGUUAAACUUUCUUAAUUAUGGAAACUAACAUAGAGCAUGCGACCAAUGAUCAAUCUGAAUCUAAAACUGGAUCUGACAAAACUCACUUGAGUGUAGUCGAAAGAUACUACAAACCAAAAUAUAUUCUAGAUUGUCAGGCUAAUGAAGAUGAAGAUCUCUGUAUACUCACACAUUCAAACAGAAUUUGCAUUAUUACACUGGCACCUUCUCAUCCAGUUGUUAGAGAUAAGAAAACAAUAAAACAGAUCAGUUUUAAAGUUGGAGGUGUUGAUAGACUUAACAACAAAGUUUCUGGAAAGGGGAAAAGGGGAGCACAAGAAUUAAAUGCUGGAUCACCAAUAUGCAAGAUUGCAUGUGUUGAUGGAGAAGAAUUUACUGUUUAUUCAGGAAUAAAAGGACAGCUAAUCGAGGUUAAUGAAUGUCUGAUACAAAACCCAGAAUUAAUCCUGAAAAAACCACUUACAGAAGGAUACAUCGCCAUUGUGUUACCUAAGCUUAAAGACCAUGAACAAGUUCUUAAAAAAUUAAAAACAGAGGAAGAAUACAAACAAAGAAGAGUUGAUUUCUCGGGUGCUGGAGGGAGUUGAAAUUUAAUGAUAUCGUCUAGAAAAGAUACCCGUAUUGCAGUUCAUAAUCUUUGAUCAUUCUAUUGAUCAAGAUUUUAUAAUUUGUUUGAAACACCGAAUUCAGUAACUGAACGUAUAAAAGAGUGGCAUAUUGUAAAUUGAGUUAUGCUUCCAAAUUUAACAAGUUGCACAAGACAUGACAAAUGUUAGAAUUACAUAACUUAACUAAAUAUGUAUCUGAUGACGAUAUUAUCUAUGUAUUGAAGAGUAUGUUGAAGUAAAUAAACCGGAAUAUAUAAAGAACCUGAAGAUGUAAAGUUUACAAAAAUACCAUAAUAUAAAGUAUGAAAUACAUUUUCCUUUAAA